GACAUUACUUCGAUCAAUCACAGAUGAUCCAAUCCAACGCUCUUCGAUUUUGAUAAAACAUGAAAUUGAAUUCAGGGAUUGGAAUGAGAAAAACGAUAAUUUUCCCUUAAAACUAAGUUUUCAAUAACAUCGUGUAUGUAUUUUUCGGCAAUGAAUCGAUUAGAGCCAGGAAUCAUUUGUAAUACCAAAACACAAAUAAACCUGCUGAGAAAUUAGUUUGUUAAUCUGCAUAAUGAACUGCGAAUUUGAAUCUCUCGAUUCAUAGUUUAUGGAAAAUAAAGAAGGUAUAUCGACAAAAACAAACAACUCUUCGUUGUGCCCCAUGACUCCCUAUAUUGAAUUGACCAGGGUUUUCAAAGAUGGAGCUACCUGAUUCAAUUCAAGUCGUUUCAGACAAAUACCUUCAAAAUAUAAGUGAUGCCUUCAAAACUUUAUACAAUGAAGAACAACUUUCAGAUGUAACAAUAUACUGCAAGGAAGGUUCUUUGAAAGCCCAUAAAUUGAUUUUAGCAGCGAGCAGUCCUUAUUUCUGCAAAAUCUUCAGGGAAAACAGAAACGAAUUCCCAAUCCUCAUACUACAUGGAACCUCGAUGACUCAGAUGAAAAAUUUGAUCGAUCUCUUGUACACUGGAAUAACUGAUGUUAAGAAGGAUGAUAUUGAAUCCUUAAAUAGACUGAUAAGAGAAUUCGAAAUCAAAGGAGUGAAUUUUGGGCAAGAGACAUCAUCCAGUAAUGUGAGAUUGGAAAUAAAUGGAAGUAAUGUAUCUCCAGACAGUAUACACAAUAGAGAUACAAGGUUCAAGGGUAAAAAAAGGGUUGCAGUAGAUUAUGAGCACGAUGAAAAUCUACCAUCUACUUCGAAGAUUGAUACCAGUGAAAAUCAUCUACCUAAGAGAUCCAAUUUAGAAAAUAGUCAUAACGAGGAACUUAAUCAAGUAAAGAUAGAAGCACCCUCUCCCGUACCAACUGAAAGUACAAUUUUUUCUAUGAGUGAUAUAAACAGUAUAUCUGAUAGAAGUUCAUAUACAAGUAAUUCAACAAAUAAAAUUUCCGCUUGGGCAAAAAAACAAAGGAAAUUCAAAUGUCAUCUGUGUCCUAGCAGCUUCAAAAGAUCAUCUCAUCUUUCCCGUCAUCAGCUAGUCCACACUGGAGAGAGACCAUAUUCUUGCAACAGAUGUGAUAAAGCAUUUUCCAGAGUAGACAAACUGAAGCAUCACAUAAGAAAAGCCCACGAAUUCAUACCAGAUUCUAUGUACGAGAGGAUAGAUGAUACCAACGAUAGCGAAUCAGAGUCAAGUAUGAGAAACCAAACUAGUCCACAUCAGAACAAUGCAGAAAAUGUCUAUACAACUGAAUACGUUGAUCUUCCCGCACCAAAGAAUUCACAAGGAAGUUCACCACCAUUAUUUACAAUUUCACACAUAAGUACGAUUUUAGAAGAUAGUUUUGUCAACCCUACGAAGAAAGGAAGGGGAAGACCAAGGAAAUACCCAUUAUCGACUGCCCCUCCUUCUGUGCUAAACAGCAAUCAGGAGCAACCCAUUUCAAAUUGUAUCAAAGUGAAGAAAAAAAGGAGGUCAUGGGUGGAUUUGUUCAUAUCAGAAAACGAAAACAAAAGGACAUCUAUGCGACUCAGAGAAAAAACACACAAAAAUACAAAUGAAGAUUAUAUGUUUUCCCAAAUGGAGCAUAAAAUUGAUACAAAUUUAAUGUGUGAAAUAUGUGACAAACCAUAUGUAUACGAAGGAAAAUUAAAAGCACACAUGAGAAAGAUACACAACAUAUCCGAUUAUGCUGUAAAUGAACAGUCAGAUUUUGAAAAAUGCCAAGAGAAUAGCAUAAAUACUGAACCUCAUAAUGAUAAUAUAGGGGAAAAAGCAACGUUAGCUAUUUCAAGUGUCUGCUCCCUUCAGAAUGUGAAUUCCAACACAACCGGGCUUGAAGAUUAUGAUAAAAACAAGGAUAAAGCACAGAUGUCAAAUCAAAUUAAUUGUAAUCCUGACGCUGAAGAAGGAAGUAGAACAACAGAGCAUUUAUCUUAUGAAGAAUUACGGAAAUUGCUACCCAAGGAAUGUUCCCUACAGCCAAUAGUUGUAGACUAUGAGGCACCGGGUGGUAAUUCUGAACCAAACAAAAUGAAAGUUUGCGUUUCAUCGAGUAAUACCGAAGAACUUUAUCAAAAUGACGAAGGGUCUGUUUCGGUAGGUCUGAAACAGAGCUAACAGCAUUGAAUCUUCAAUAUUUUAUAUUGCAGAUAUCCAAUACUGUAUUGAAAAGUGUGACCUGUUCACCUGUUGAGAAAAUAGAUGCGAAACAAUCAGUUUUAAAAUCCACACGUAAACAGAAAGAAUUUAAAGCUAGAAGAGCAAAGAAGAAGGUAGGAAUUAUAAAGUAUACAAGAGUGCGAAAACAGAAAUUUAAAGAUUCUCGCUAUUUUCCUGAACAAUCAAAAGUAAAACCAUCUGAUGCAGUUUCUCCUCCACUCAAGAACGAUAGCCAUCUUGCAUCUUUGAACAUUCCUCAAUUGAAUUCAGCGAUAGAAAUCAGUUUAAUAAGUAGUGAUAAGGUGAAUUCAUCCCCAAUCAUGUCGCGAG